AUGACCCUCUUGUUCUUAUCUGAAAGAAGAAUGAACAGAUUCGCUGCAGUUCUUGUUUUGCUGGGAGGCUUUUGGACACAGACUUCGGCACUGGAAACCUUUGUCCUGCAAGAACCUGGCAAUGACUAUGUCACUGGAACUGUGACUAUCGACAAUGGCGACCACCUUGUUGAUGUCCAUGUCCGUGCUGGCUUGCUCUCCUCUGAUACUAUUUUUGACUACUCGCGUGGGUAUAUUGCAACAAGGUUACUUUCACGAAAUGCCUGCUUUAUCCUGAAAAUAAAUAAGGAAUACAUCCCAGAGCUGCGGGAAAUUGGACGCCUGGCUUUUGAGAGACAGACUCUGAGGACAGUGUACUCUCCAAACAGCGUGUGGGUCCAGUUUCAACCUGGCCAUUCUUGGUUUGGAGAUAUCAAAGACUGGUUUCGCUACGGCAGACCCAUCCAACAGCUCUGCAAAGGUCUGCCUCUCUACCAGCUUGAAAAGACCGACCCACUCCCGAACGCUAAUGGCUGUGCCAGUGCAGGAAUCCCAAGCAUUUUGGGCCUUAAAGUCUGUGAAAAAUUACAUUAG